ACCACCGUUGUCCUGUGGUCGCUGUGGUUCUCCCAUUCCCACUACCGUCUACAACGUCGACUCGACGUUUCGAACACAGUUAUUUCAUCUAGAGUAAGUCUUCUCUGCUAUCUUAUCGUCCAUUGGUCGACGUCCAACUCGAUGACCACCCCAUCUACGCCGUGGCGAGCAUCGGUAUACCACCCCAGGCCCUCGUCACCCUCUCCCAGUACCUCCGGGUUCUCCUUCAUUGGAGAAGAUGAGGCAUCCUGCGAUAGCGACCAUCAUUAUUGGGAGUAUGGCAGGUCCCCGUAUAAGAGCAUAGGAUCCUUCGGGCGUCGUGCUAUCCACUCAACGCCUGCACUUACCAGCCACCUUCAUUUUUCGUCCUCAUCUCCAUUCAUCUCGAGUUCAGACAAUUCGUCAUCGAACGGCUCACUCAAGUCCUUGCUUCCGCGUCUGUGGGACGUUCUCAUUGCAUCGCCGACGAGGACCAUCUUAUCUCCUUCCCGGCCCGCUUUGAGCGGCCGUCACCCUAGGUUUGCUUCCUAUUCAACAACAUCUUUUGGUCAUCUCAAAGUGAAAAGGAUGUAUCGUGAUCAAGACUACUACAAUGAGUCUAUCAAUUUCUUGGACUUGCCGCCGUUAGAUGGUGACGAAGGAGAACUCAUCGAUGUGGAUGACGAGGCCUGCUUCAUCGCCGUCGAUUAUCCCUGGGGAGCCAUAAAUGCCUGUAGAGCUAGGGUAGUGACUGGAAUUGAUAUUCUCUCACUGCUUCCGCCUGAACUUUCUCUGCAAGUUCUGUCAAUGCUUGCAUUGAUCCCUUCUCGUCCACCAUCAUCGGUGUCACUGCAAGAUCACUACCCGUCACAUGAGGCUGGAUUACACGCGAUCAUCACAUGUUUAGCAGUCUCACAGACGUGGCGGCGCCUCGCCAAGGACAACAGCGUUUGGCGUGCAUUCUUCACCUCACGCUGGGGUAUUCUGGAAUGUCCUGACAAGCUCUUCGAAGGGACGACCUUACAACACGCCAACUAUCGUACACCGAGAACGCGCAUGGCGUCGGGUGCCCUCAAUUAUCGUUAUCUGUAUCAAGAGCGCCUAGAACUUGAACGCCGCUGGGGUGCUGUAUCGCACCCGAAUCUUCCUAAUCACCUACCCUGGCAACCCAAAAUCAUGAAAUUGACCGGUCAUAGUGACAGCGUCUAUUGCCUUGAGUUGUGCCGUACAGCGUCGGGACAACAACAUAUCAUUACCGGGUCUCGCGACCGCACCAUCAAGAUGUGGUCGUUAAAGACGGGAAGAUGCUUAGGGACAUUUGGUGGUAACACCGGCGAUGCCGACGGUCACCGAGGGAGCGUUCUGUGUUUGAAGUUCUUCUGGGAGAAUGCAGGUCGGAAUGGGGUGCUGUACUCGGGCUCCAGUGACUGUACCGUGUGUGUUUGGGACGUUUGGACCAUGAAAACAAGUCAUUCACCUCAUGUUGACGACGCCGAUGAAGACAUUGAGGUUCAAGCACGUAGUAAGGCUGUGUUGAGAGGUCAUGGUGGCGGUGUUUUGGACUUGAGAGUCGAUGGUAACUGGAUUGUCAGCUGCUCAAAGGACACUGUCAUUCGUGUGUGGCACCGUGACACGCUGGAAUUGUAUCGAACUCUUCGUGGUCAUGAGGGUCCUGUUAAUGCUGUAUGCCUCGAGGGCGGCAAGCUGGUCAGUGCUAGUGGCGAUGGAAAGAUGAUCUUGUGGGAUAUAGCAAGAGGAGAACGACUGAGGACCUUGGAGGGACACGACCGUGGAUUGGCUUGUAUCGAGUUCAAGGACGAUCUCAUAAUAUCUGGGUCCAAUGACUGCAAGAUCAAGGUUUGGUCUGCCACAACUGGGGAAUGCUUGACCACCUUGGUUGGGCAUGAUGCUCUUGUCAGAGCUCUGGCCUUUGAUCCUCGGAGCAGGAGAUUAGUGAGUGCAAGUUAUGAUAAGAGCGUGAGAGUGUGGGAUGUGGGCACUGGCAAAAUGUUGCGAGAUUUUAAACAUAGUCAUACAAGUCAUAUAUUCGAUGUCAAGUUUGAUGUAUCGAGAAUCGUUAGUACCUCCCAUGAUCAACGAAUUGUUGUUUUGGAUUUCUCAGACGGCCUGGAUGGUGCCGAGUUAUUUAUGUAAGUCUGAAGACAGUUUAAAUUAUUCAUUUUGUACAACAGGUAUAUCGCUUGUUCUAUCGUCAUUUUAUCUCGGAGCUAUUUCGGAAACCCGCUAACUGUUGUAUACCCUGUAUAUAUAUCUUGUAACUCAUAAUAGGAACAUAAGCAUUUUUCUUUUUGGAUCUUACGAGUGGGUUGCUACAGGUUCCAGCGGACUCUUUUUGGCACGGAGCAUUUCUGGGGUACUUGGAGUCUUGUGUUCAAUAUUGGAGAGCGGAAGAUGGAACGCCGUAACGGAGACCACGAUCGAGACUAUUAAUCCAGGUACAGAGC